AUGGAAAUUGUCACCGGUCUUGUUUCUGAACUGGUCAAUCUUUUGAUUCCUCCGUUUCUGCGUAAUCUUGGCUAUCUGGUUCACUACGAGAGAAACUUCAAUGAACUUAGAAACCAAAUGAAAAGACUUGAAGAAUUGAGAACAGACAAUCAGAGGUCUGUCGAUGUCAAUCAAAGAAGAGGGCAAGUGAUUAAAGAAGUGGUGAAAAGUUGGUUAGAUAGAGUUGAUGCCACACAGCGUGAGGUGUCCGAUUUGUAUGAUGCAUUUGAAGAGAACAAGGGAUGCUUCAAGGUCGGCUGCCGUGCUCGUUAUCGUCUGGGUAAAGAAGCAAAAAGAAAGACCGAUGAAGUCAACAAUCUCCGAACAGAAGGCCAAUUUGAUGCCGUUUCAAUUCCUCCUCCACCUCCUCAUGAUAUUGAACUCAUGCCACCACUUGAUUUCCAGGUUUAUCUGCCCACCAAAUCAGCCAUGAAGCAAAUUAUGGAGGCAUUGGAGGUCAAGAAGUACAGCAUGGUCGGAGUUUAUGGGAUGGGCGGGGUCGGGAAAACGACCUUGAUGAAAGAAAUGGCAAAGGAACUGAAAAAUAAUGGCCUCUUUGAUCGAGUUGUGAUGGUCACCGUGUCUCAAAACCGUAUUUUGACGGAUAUUCAAAAUGAAAUUGCAGAGAAGUUGGGUUUCAAGUUCGAGGAUGUGAGCGAAUCAGUAAGAGCAAGUCGUUUGCUGGAGAGAGUUAAGCAAGAAAAACGAAUCCUCAUAAUCUUGGAUGAUCUAUGGAAACCACUGACAUUAACUGAGGUUGGAAUUCCCCAUGGAGAUAGAGACGGCGAAGGCAAUGAUGGAAGGGAAUGCAAUUGCAGCAUUAUUAUCACAACAAGAAGCCUAGAAGUGUGUAAUCAAAUGCAGACUCAAUCCAAUGUUGAAGUGAAAGUGUUACCGGAAGCAGAUGCAUGGCAGCUGUUUAGAAGGAGCGCAGGUGAUCGUGUGGACUCUCCAGAGCUGCAUGUGGUGGCUACGAAAGUUGUUACAGAAUGUGGGGGUUUGCCAGUGGCACUCGUUACGAUUGGAAGGGGCUUGCGAGAUAAGGACCCGAUAAUAUGGAAUGAUGCGGUUAGCCAACUGAAAAAGUCGACGAUCUCAUCCACAAUUCCAGGUAUGGAAGAAAGAGUUUUCCUAUCCAUAAAAUUGAGUUAUGAUUAUCUCAAGAGUGAGGAAACACAAUUUUGCUUCUUGUUGUGUUGUUUAUUUCCUGAAGACUCUGAUAUUUCUGAGGAUGAAUUGUUUCCUUAUGUGUGGGGUGAGGAGGUAUUUAAAAAUAUUGAAACCCUGAAAGACGGAAGGAAUAGGCUACAUACAGUGCUGGACAUGCUUAAACGGUCAUGCUUGUUGUUAAAUGUUGAUGGAGUUGAGAGAUGUGUCAGGAUGCAUGAUAUUGUUCGAGAUGUGGCCAUAUGGAUUGCAUCACAGGAAGAACAUGGCUUUGUUGUAAAAGCUAGAAGAGGACUGAAGCAAUGGCCAGAUAUGAAAAACCUGAGAAAAUGUAAGCGACUCUCACUGAUGAAUAAUGACAUUGAUGAGGUCCCUGAACAGGUGGGUUGCUCCCAACUCAUAACCUUAUCAUUACGAGAUAAUAUAAGUUUGAGAGAAAUAGCUGAUGGAUGUUUUGAGGGUAUGACAACACUCAAAGUUCUAGAUCUCAAAAUAACAUGUAUUUGUUCAAUACCAUCGUCAUUCUCAUGGUUAACGGAGCUUCGAGUAUUACUUCUAAGUUCGCCGACUUGGGAGGGUGAGGACAAGAAAGAGUUAGAUUUGUUAUUGCUUGGGAACAUGAAGAAUCUUGAAAUACUCGAUCUUUCUUACUCUGACAUAAGGACUUUGCCACUGGAAAUAAGGGGAUUAACAAAUCUUAAGUCCUUGGAUUUGUCAUAUAACCCCGAGUUGAUUAUUCCCCCAACAGUUUUGUCGAGGUUAUCUCGCUUAGAAGAGCUCAACCUGUUCGGUAGCUUUAAUGAGUGGGAGGCUGAAGGCUCAAGAGAUAAAAAUAAGGCUUGUUUUUCUGAGGUGACAUCCUUGGCCGGUUUGACAACACUUUUUUUCCAACUAUCAACCAUAGAAUGUCUCGGUUCAGUCAUGUCACCGUCUUGGGAAAACUUGACACGGUUUUUUAUAUGCUUGGGACAUUAUGAAGAAGACCGUUGGAGAAUUGGUGAAUCAUCAGGGGAAGCAGGUGACACUCUGAUGGUUCUUAGCGGUAUAACAAUCCCUAGACUUCCCCGAUGGGUUGAGAAGUUGUUGGGACGAACAGAGGUCUUCGGGCUUAUAGGUUGCCAUGGUCAUAAGAACAUUUACCCAGGAGGACUUAUUGGAGAGGGUAGUGGUCUAAACAACUUACGGCUUCUCGCCAUUCAAGAAUGCAGAGAUCUGGAGCAUAUUUUGAGAGUUGAGGUAGAAGAGGUCACUUUCAACAGGUUGGAAGAAUUACAAUUAAUAGAACUACCCAACUUGAGGAAAAUCUACAAUGGGCCUUUUCUGAAAGGCAGCUUGGAGAACCUGAGGCAACUGCGUAUUGACGAUUGUAGUAAUUUGAGUCCAAUCCUACCAGUGACUAUCGCACAAGGUCUCCUACGGCUAGAAGAGAUUACAAUUUCGUCGAACUUUGUUGCAGAGGAAAUAAUUGCUCAUGAUGAUGAUGAUGACAGGGGAAAUAAGGGGAAGAUGAUGGUACUCCUUCCCAAACUUAGGAAGCUACAUAUUCAGAGUUGUUUCCGUUUGAAGCACAUCUGUGAAAUGAGUAUGGCUCAAAGUCUCACACAACUAGAAAAAAUUGAAAUUUUUGACUGCCCUGUUUUAGAGGAAAUAUUUGUGGAGAGUAAUACUGAUGGAGAAAACGAGAGCAGCAAGGUGGUGGUGCUUCCUCAAUUAAGGGUUCUACGAUUGGUCAAUUUGCCAAACUUCUCGGCAGUAUGCCGAGGGGUGUCACUCUAUAAUUUCCCUGUCUGUGAAGAAUUGUACAUUAACCAGUGCCCCAAUUUGAAAAGGCUCCCAGUAAGUCCGGAGAGCACACCAAGACUAAAGAAGAUUCAUAUUCGGAGUUGUUUCCGUUUAAAGCACAUCUGUGAAAUGAGUAUGGCUCAAGGUCUCACACAACUAGAAAAAAUUGAAAUUUUUGACUGCCCUGUUUUAGAGGAAAUAUUUGUGGAGAGUAAUACUGAUGGAGAAAAUGAGAGCAGCAAGGUGGUGGUGCUUCCUCAAUUAAGGGUUCUACGAUUGGUCGAUUUGCCAAACUUCUCAGCAGUAUGCCGAGGGUUGUCACUCUGUAAUUUCCCUGUCUGUGAAGCAUUGUGCAUUUACGGGUGCCCCAAUUUGAAAAAGCUCCCAGUAAGUCGGGAGAGCACACCAAGACUAAGGGAGAUCGAAGCAGAAGAAGCAUGGUUCAAUGAUUUGGAGUGGAAUGAACCAAGAGAGAAGCUGCACGUUCAAGAAACGGUGAAGGUUGAAUUUUUAAGUGCACGUCCUCCAUGGUGGUGGUAAUAGGAGAGCAGAUUCGAGAGCUCCAAUAGAGAGAUUAAGCCAUGCUUAUUCAGGUCCCAAAGACAAAGUGACAUUUUAGUAAAUAUUUGUGCAAAUAAAGGUGGAGGCUAUGCUCCUCCAUUGACUAUUUUCAUGUGUGUAUAUCGGUCUCGUAAUUAUAUGGGUAAAACUCAAUGCAUUCACAAUGGAAUUUAUUGCUUUAUUGACAUUAUUUCAAUUUGGUGCCUGUAUUUUUGUUUAUUUUGUUAUUAUUUGACAUAAUGGAUCAACAUGCAGGGAAAUGAUUCAAA